ACCUCACUCCAAGGCACGCAGAGUGAAGUCUUCAACAGCUGAGCAAAAAGCCCUCUAUGCUGAUUUCUUCUUCCCCAAUUCCAGACCAGACUCAGUUACGAAAAUGAGAAUGCAGUUCACAGAAAAGAACCACAACAGCUUCAUGAUGCAGGCCCUGAACAAACAAAGAAAGGACAAGGAGUUCUGCGAUGUGGCUCUCAGCGUGGACCAGAAUAUCUUCUAUGCCCACCUCAAUGUCUUAGCAGCUGUCUCCUCCCAUAUAAGGAAUCUGAUAGCCAGCAAUGACAUGAAGACCGAUGAUGAACUCUUUAUCAUCAUUGAUGCCAAGUUCUUGAGCUCUAGCUUGGUAGAGGAGCUGUUGGACUAUUUCUACACUGGGAAAAUUCUCAUUUCUGAGAAGAACGUUGAAGAAUUGCUGAAAGGAGCCAAGUAUUUCAAUUCCCAGACUCUCAGAAGCCAUUGUUCUGACUACCUCCUCAGGUCCCUCAGGAAGGACAACAGCCUUUAUUACAUGUUCUUGGCUACCACGUAUGACCUGAAAGAGGUGGGGAAUGCUGCUUAUGAUGGCGUGCGAGACAACUUCCACUACUGGGCCAGCCCAGAGGGCGUAGGGGACAUGAUGUGUUGCCCUCCUCCCAUCUUCAGCAAGCUCCUGAAGGACGAGAACCUUCAUGUGAAAAACGAGGACCAGGUCUUUGUGACUCUCCUUCAGUGGGUGAAGCACAAACUGCCUGAAAGGGAGAAGUAUUUUAAGAAGUAUUUCGCCUACAUCCAUUUAACCGCUGUCUCCAACAAGGCCCUGCUUUCCGCUUGCCGGGAAGUGUUGGUUUUUCAAGACCACGCCGGUCCCUUGUCCCACAUAGAGAGUGUUUUGAGUGACCGUAAACAUGGAAAUCCUCAAGGCUUGUUGCUCUACCAAAGGAAAGGGGCACUGGUGGACUCUGUGGUGAUUUUAGGGGGACAAAAAGAGCAUGGUAAGUUCAGCAACACCGUGUUUGCCUACAUCAUCGACGAGAACAUCUGGCUGAAGCUGACAGAGAUGCCGUACAAAGCUGCUGCUCUCAGCGCAACAGCUUUAGGGAAGUAUAUUUACGUCUGUGGAGGAACCACGGAGCAGAUCUCUGGCCUGAAGACAGCCUGGAAAUAUGAUAUGGACACCAACUCCUGGAUCAAACUUCCUGAUCUGCCAACAGGUCUGGUCUUCCACACCAUGGUGACUUGUGGAGGAGCAGUGUACUCCGUCGGGGGAAGUACAGCGCCAAGGAAGUAUAUUUCAAGCAUCUUCAAGUACGACGAAGGGAAGGAAAAAUGGAUUCUGGCUGGGAAGAUGAGCAUUCCGAUGGAUGCAACCGCACUGAUCACCAAGGAAGACAAGGCUAUUUACAUUGUUACAGGGAGAUGCCUCGUGAAUGGCCAGUUCUCUCGAAUAGGUGUGGUGGAUUGUUUUGACAUUCAGACCAGAAAUGUGGUGCAAUACAUCACGUUUCCCAUCCAGUUCACUCAUAAGCCGCUGCUGUCCUUUCCCCAAGAGAACGUCUUGAGGAUCCAAAGCCACAAGGAGAGCUUGGACAUCGACCUGCAGAAAAUUAAAACCACCAAAUUGACUAAUCAUAUACCGCUGUUGCCAAAUAGCUACAACUUGGAUCUCUCUCACGCGGUGUGCUCUGUCGGGAAGGACAAGGUUUUUGUGUGCGGCGGACUCAUCUGUCCCGGCAACAAACGGCCGGUGGAGUAUUCCAUUAAUCGACAAGCAUACAUGUUAGAUCAAAGCACCCAGGAAUGGAAGUUGCUCACGGAUCCUCCCGAAGCCUUGGAUUGUCCUGCUUGUUGUAUGGCUAAGUUGCCUUGCAAGAUUCUCCAAAAAACUGUAGUUAGUUAA